CGCUUGCUUUUCUGUGGAAAAACUCGCCGACCGGCAGUGUUUGCGGAGGGGAAAGUUUCUGCUUUUGACGGCGCGCAGUCGACGAGAUUAGCAGUUUUUCCAAGCACACACAGCCUGGAUUAUUAUUGUCUGCGACUCCAACAAACAUAAUCUGCAAGUCUUCUCGAUAGGUUGGAUUUGUGCUGUUUCUCCAUAUUUCGCGUGACAACUGUAUCCAAGUCCUCGCUGCUUCCGGAUAUACUGUUAUUAUUAUCUUAUAACUAUACUAUCUUUUGGGGAUUUUUCCUCUUCGCUGCAUUUAACCCAGUGAUCCGACUGCUUUGAAUCACACAUUUCUGGUUUCUAAAGUGCAAGAUCCAGUAUGAAUAUACGCACGUAAGAGUGAAGAUUUGGCCUAAUGAAAGUCGAGCAUUUAGCUCGAGUUCACUAGGGUCACUUCCUGAUGAUGACAGUAAACAUGGAUGGCGGUCUCCAAAAUGGACCCGGACAGCACAAGAACUCACAAGAUGAUGAAGAGGCGCUCAACUCCAUAAUGAAGGACCUGGCAGCUUUACGCUUCUGCUACCACAUCAAAACCAACAACAGUAACAAGCCCAAGAGCAGAACCCAGGCCUACAGACAGGAUUUGCGGGUGAAGCUGGAGCAUGAACAAGAGAAACGGAUCAUCCCGUUUCAGAGACCACUGAAGUUCAAAGAUCUCCUUCAGAAGGUGACGGAGGCUUUUGGACAGCAAAUGGACCUCUACUACUCUGAUAAAGAGAUGUUGGCGGCUUUAAAGUGUCAGGAGGAUUUGGACCGAGCACUUCAGGCUUUAAGCUCCAGCUCUGGAAUGAACAACCUGCUGAGAGUGAUUCUGAAAACACCUCCCAACAACCACUUCCUUCAGGUGAGCGGCCAAGACAAGCAGAGCGAGAUGAGGGCGUCCAGGUCGCUUGGAGAUCUUAAAGCCUCCGUUCUCAAAGGCUCUGAGCGAGUGCGCAAACACUCUACAGGCUCCCUGAACACGGGCCGCACCUCCCCUCCUCCCGGCAGCGUACCAGAAGAACAGCAGCAGAUCGCACGGCAGGGAUCCUACACCAGCAUCCACAGCGAGGGAGAGUUUAUCCCAGAAACACUCGACUCAAAUAUGUUGGAGCCGUUUGGGAGUGCUGAUGGGUCACUUUCCAGCAGCUGUCAAUCACUGGACCAAGCAUUGGACAGCCCGCCGUUUUCUCAAAACAACCGGGACAACAAUUACCUGAACCUCAACUAUGAAUACAAAGGACGUAAUGGGAAACACGGGACCUUUCCACGGCAGUUUCACAUGUCCAGUCGCAGUAAAGACUACGGUGAUGGUCGAAGGACCUUCCCUCGAAGCUUUAUGCCCCAAGAGAACUUCGUCCCGUUCCAACUGGUCCCGUCCAGCCGUACGCGCAGCUAUAAUGGAGAAAACACUUUGCUGUAUGGUGGAGAUCUGCGCUCCAUCAGUUGGACAGACAAAAGCUGCCAACGCAAUGCUCCCAAAUCCCCAAGGGCUCCGGUGAACUGGCGUCAAGGGAAGCUUCUCGGUCGAGGAGCCUUCGGCGAGGUCUAUCUCUGCUACGAUGUCGAUACAGGGCGCGAGCUGGCGGCCAAGCAGGUGCCUUUUGACCCCGUCUGUCAGGAGACCAGCAAAGAAGUGAACGCGCUGGAGUGUGAGAUUCAGCUCUUGAAGAACCUGCGUCACGAGCGCAUCGUUCAGUAUUACGGCUGCUUGCGUGAUCCAGUGCAGAAGAAGCUGUCCAUCUUCGUUGAAUUCAUGCCAGGGGGCUCUAUAAAAGACCAGCUGAAGGCGUAUGGAGCGUUAACUGAAAAAGUAACCCGCAGAUACACCAGGCAGAUCCUGCAAGGAGUCCACUACCUGCACAGCAACAUGAUCGUACACCGAGACAUCAAAGGUGCUAACAUUCUGCGGGACUCCUCUGGAAAUGUAAAGCUGGGAGAUUUUGGAGCAAGCAAGCGCAUUCAGACAAUUUGUAUGUCAGGGACAGGAAUCAAAUCAGUCACUGGCACCCCCUACUGGAUGAGCCCGGAAGUCAUUAAUGGAGAAGGUUACGGACGCAAAGCAGAUGUCUGGAGUGUGGCUUGCACAGUUGUAGAGAUGCUAACUCAAAAGCCCCCAUGGGCUGAAUAUGAAGCAAUGGCUGCGAUUUUCAAGAUCGCAACCCAGCCCACUAAACCAAACCUGCCUGAAGGUGUGUCCGACACAUGCAGGGACUUCCUGCGGCAAGUAUUCGUGGAGGAAAAAUGUCGACCCACUGCCGAGGGCCUUCUUAGCCACCCUUUCGUUCAGGGUGCCUUCUGAGACCCUACGGCUUUUACAGAUCUACGGUCUCUCUGGAAUCGCCCAGGGAAAACCAUACAUCUGUCUGCGGACAAUCACCACUCUGCCUUCCAGGGUCCGGAGAAACCCAUCAGCCAGCCAAGUGAGAACAAACAAGCCCAUAAAAAGGGAUGCAACAUCUCAAAAGAUUCACAAUAAGAUACAGUGGACAGCCAACCUAUUAACACUCUGAUAGCACAUCAUGUUAUCUUACUCUUGUGUUGCCCUAUCCCAAACGUGCACUUGAUGGGUGCAGUUCACUAAACAGCAGGGUGUCCCAUUUAUCAUUUUAUGAUAAAGAAGGGUGUAUAUGAGUGUCCUCUUUGUGGCUCUUUGUGUGUGGUGCACACUAUUACAGGAGGACAGUGAGGGUGCCAUUUGGGACAGGGCUUAUGGCCCUAAGGUGGUAAGCUAGCUUUUCACAAACUUAAGCCCGAGUAUAGUCUGUUUUUUAUGUGUACGUGCACGGUCAAAUGCACAGUCUUGCAAAGUACAGUUAAAGGAACAGUAUGUAAGAAAUGUAUAUCAAUUAAUCAUAAAAUGGCCCUGAUAUGUCACUAGACAUUAAGAAAUCAUUUUCAUUUCAAACACUUAUAUCACUCACAACAGUGGUUCGGCCAGGAUAUUGUCAUUUAAAAAGUGGAGUUGCAGCCCUCAACUGAUGUUCAUGUUGUCAUGUUGUGUAUUGGCCACCAGUUGUGUGAUUGCAGUACCAGUUUUAGCCACAAGUUUUGUGAUUGCAGUACCAGUUUUGGCCACAAUCCUACAUACUGUUCCUUUAACUCAUACAGUCCUGCCCAAGAAUAUUUGCACCCUUGGUAAAUAUGAUCAAAUAAGGCUGUGAAAAUUCAUCUGCAUUGUUAAUCCUUUAGAUUUUUCAUUUAAAAAAUUCACAAUGUAUCCUUUCAUUGGAUAAUAAGAAUUUAAAUAAGAAUUUUGGAUAUUAAGAAUUUAAAACAGAUGGAUGUGCAUAGCAACAAAAUGCAGUGCAUCUCCUGGGCUUUAUACUACAGUCUUCUGUAGGCGCAUGUGCGAUCGACAUGAACAAUGUACACGGGGUUUCAAAAAUCUGGUGUUAAGCGAACAGUAUGCGCACACUCUUCUGAUGAUGAAAAUUGCAUUGUAAACGGACCAUGGCGUACGCUUAGAAAAUGGACCAUACUUCGGCCUUUAGUGAUGAAAUUCAUUCACCAAAAAAACUGUUGUAAAGUCGAAUUAUCAACGUUAUCAAAGUAAUUCACUUUAAAUGGACUGCAAUACCGUAAACUAAUAUAAUACAAAAUAUUUGAACAGGGCUACAAUGGUGAACUUUAGCUUAGCAUCUGCAACUACAGCAUCCAGUAAGAAAAUAUUCAGUUGUGUCUUUGGCAGUGUUUUCAGCUACUUCUUUAUAAACAGUGAGUCUAUGGUGUUACAGAAGAUGUCACUGAUUCAAAACUAUUCGGCAAAGCACUUAAUACACUUACAUGUGUUAUCUAUCUAGAAGAUAGAUAGGGUCACUGCCUAAACUAUACCGUUUGGUUUACAUUGGUUAAUGUCGGUUGACCUAAGCGAUUGGACAGAUCUCCUGAUCGGUGUACAGUAUAAUGCAUAAUGUGAUACUCGAAUCACAUCGCUGGACAAAUCACACAGGUUCUGAUUUUAGCACAAAUGUAUUUGUAUCUCCAAUGGUGGCUAGAAGUCUUUUUAUAUUACUUUUAUAUCAUUCGGUCUUUAAGUGAGAUUAUUAUUACCUCUGUAGCCCUGGGUUUAAUCCUAAGUGUCAUUGAAAAUAAAUUUAAAAGACCUUGUGGAGCAAAUAGAUAAAUGUACUGUACAAUACUCGUUGGAGGGAUUUUUUCAAAGAUUACUUUUUGUUUAAUGGUUAGAAUCUAACCAAAUAAAAAUGACACAAAAUAUGUACCACCACCAAAGUGAGUGGUAAAGACAUGUAAAAUGUAUGUCAUUGUUUUUAUGAAUGAAGACUGUAUAAACAAAUGUUUUUAUAUAAUGUAAAGUUUAUUUAGUUAAAGUUGCUCUUGUUUUAAAGCACUCUCUUUACCCAGAGUUAAUCACUGUAAAUACAUUCCCAUUGCACUCUUUGACUCAACGUAGAGCAACAGCACAUCGAAAUAUCUAAUUGGAGAAAUAUUUUUAUACAGUUUUUUUUUUAUUCACAUGUUCAGAAUGACAAUACCAAACGUUUUUGUAUUAUACAAAUUACCCUAAAGUGUCAAAGCAAUAUUUCAGAGAAGACGGCUGGUAUGUUAGCAUCUUUGUACUGUCUGAUCCAUUUAAUACAACCAAAGAGCAAAUGAUAUGCUUGAAUUAUGGAUUUGGUAAAUUCAAAGCUGUUCCGUUUUUGACCAAUAUUGUUGUAAUAGACACUUUUCCUUUUUUUUGUAGACUAUGUCUCUUUUGGGGAAUAUCAAUCUGUUGUCAUGCAAACAUUUUGAUUUUCUUCACGUACAUCAUUAAGUCAUGACAAAAAAAAUGUUAGGAUGCAUUUGUUUAAAUGCCACUCUUCAAUUUUGUCCUCAUAUAAAUGUUACUUUUUUAAUGCUUGAAUGCUACGUCCUUAACUCAAGAACUACACCAGCGAAGAUCAAACCAGCUGUUCGUUAAACAUGUUGCAAUUUGUGCCUUCUCUGAUUCCCUUAUUCUGAGAGGUCAGUGGUUUUUAAAAACAUUUAAUAGUGGAAUGUGUAACCUGAAGUCCUUUAGAUGGUUUCGGUAACAUGCAACGAAGCCCUAAAGGACACACUUGCUGAAGAUCUUUUAGUGAUGAUUGUAUUGUAAAUACAUUGUACCAAGUCAUAAUGUUUCAUUAUAUUCAUAGUACUUUAGUCACAGUGUAUUAUUAAGAUUGUGGAGAAGUCUGGGUUAUAGAUGAGAGUAAACAUGAUCUUGACCUUGACUGGUUUUUGAGGGUAGUAUUCUGUGCUGCCUUGAUGAAAAAGCUUGGAGACAUUUGUAAGUGAUUUUGUACAUUGGAAUAAAUAAAAUUAUUGUAUAAAAUAA